CCAGGGAUGAUUUCGACCCUAAACUGCCUCCAGGUCCCUGGAAAUUUAUUUUACGAGGCCCUUCUCCAAAAUGUCCGAAAAUUGAUUGGUUAACCAACCAAAGUACCAAACCAUCUAAAUCAUCUAAAAGGAUAAGGGCACAUGAUUCAUUCGAUGACGCCUCCACUCCAAAAUGCCAAAAAAUGAUAUUCGAUUAAUUAACCCAGCCAAAGCAUCUCAAUCUGCUUUGGACAAAAGCAUGUUUCAAGAACACCAGUCCAAAACGAACAUUAUUCCAUUCAUGUCCAGAUUCUUCUCAUCAAAACUUAGAUAACAAGCACACUUACUAACGUAGCUUCCAAGAGUACAACUAGAAAGUGAUUGCUUUCCUUUGUACUAUUUUUCAUCACUAUAUGGAGGUCACAUUUUCAUCACUUUUCAUCUUUUCAAUUCUACUUGUCCUUUCUCUGAAAUUCAUACAGUACAAAUUGAGUGUAACCAAAUCCAGGGAUGAAUCAGGCUCUAAAUUGCCUCCAGGUCCAUGGAAAUUUCCCAUUAUUGGAAGCGUACACCAUUUGGCCCUGGCGGGUUCACUUCCACAUCGAGCCCUCAGAGACUUGUCCAAAAAAUAUGGCCAAAUCAUGCAUCUUCAACUUGGUGAAGUAUCUGCAGUUGUCGUCUCAGGACCUCGAAUGGCGAAAGAGGUACUGAAAACUCACGACAUCGCUUUGGCGAGCCGGCCAAAACUUGCAUCCGCAGAGAUCAUCACUUAUAAUUAUAGAGAUGUUGGAUUCGCACCCUAUGGUGAUUACUGGAGACAGAUGCGUAAAAUCUGCGUGAUGGAGCUCCUGAGUGUCAAAAAUGUUCGCGGGUUCGCCUCCAUCCGGGAAGAUGAGACCUGGAAAACCAUCACUUCAAUCCAGGAUUCAUCCUCCGGGUCAUCAGUUAACUUAAGUGAGAGAAUUUUUGCAUUGACAAAUGCUAUUACGAGCAGAGCAGCAUUUGGGAUCGGACCCAAGAAGCGGCACGAUGAAUUAAUCAGGUUAUCAAAUCGGAUAAUAGAGAUGAGUAGUGGUUUUGACCUAGCUGAUUUGUUUCCUUCUAAGGAAUUCAUCAAAGUCAUUAGCGGGUCAAAUUUCAAACUCAAGAAGCUGUUCAAAAACCUGGACGAAAUACUUGAUGAAAUAAUUCAGGAGCACAGAGAGAAGAAAAUAUCAGGUACUAAUUCUAACAAUAUAAUUCCAUCCAGGGAAGAAGAUUUAGUUGAUGUGCUGUUGAAGAUCAACGAAAGAGGUGGCCUCGACUUUCCAAUUACAACAGACAGCAUAAAAGCCAUUGUAGUUGACAUGUUUAUUGCGGGGACUGAAACAUCGGCUACAACUAUCAUAUGGGCAAUGUCAGAAAUGAUGAGGAACCCUCGAGUCAUGGAGAAAGCACAAGCUGAAGUGAGGGGUUUACUCCAAGGAAAGACCCGAACCCGCGACGAAGAUUUGAAAGCGUUAAAUUACUUGAAACUGGUGAUCAAAGAAACUCUAAGGUUGUACCCGCCUGUUCCCUUGUUACUUCCCAGGGAAUGCAGGGAAAAAUGUGAGAUCGAAGGCUAUGAAAUCCCAAUUGGAACCAAAAUCAUUGUGAAUGCCUGGACAAUCAACCGGGAUCCAGAGUUCUGGAAGGAUGCUGAAACAUUUGAACCUGAGAGAUUCUUGAACAAUGGAAUUGAUAUAAUUGGACCCAAUUUCGAGUAUAUUCCAUUUGGGGCGGGAAGAAGGAUGUGUCCUGGAGUUUCAUUUGCGGCUCCAGUUGUGGAACUGGCUCUGGCUCAACUUUUGUACCAUUUUGACUGGAAAGUUCCAGAUGGAACAAAACCUGAAUUGCUAGACAUGACGGAGAAGCUUGGCUCCAACCUUAGUCGGAAAAAUGACUUGUGUUUGGAUCCAACCAUUUGGUUUCGAUUUGAGUAGGAUCUCUAAUGCUUGUAUCCAUAUUCCAUCUAACUCUGUUUUUUCGUGCUCUAUUUUUCCAGAAAAGAAUAACCUGUAAUUCCAUUCCCAUGGAGAAAACAUGGUUUGCAAUUGUGCACCUCUUAGCAUCAUCAU